CGAGGCGUCGCUACCAACAAGAUGGCGUACGAAGAGACGAUUCAAACGAGUGCCGUCCAGAAUCUUGGCCUUCAGCGCCACAUCAACUGUCUUACCGACGACAACCGCACCACCAGGCGGAGGGCGCUGGACUCCCUUCGUAAGGAAACCGUCGACAAGAAGCUAGAGCCCACGGUGUUGCAAGGAGUCUUCGUCGAAAUCUUGAAACCGGUUCUAAAGAGCUUCUCAGACCCAGUUGAGAAAUGUCGAGAACUGGCCAUACAGCUGGUAGACAGUUUCCUGUCCAGUGUCCCUGACCCCCCGGAAACUCUCCCCUACGUCUUCCCCACCCUGGUGCAGCGUCUCGGACAGAAGGACAUCACUGAACCGUCUGAGGAACUACGACUCAUGCUCGUGGAGACUUUGACGCGUAUCGUCGACCUCUCGGGGCAGGAGCUCGCGGUCUACCUCGACGACAUUGUGAAGAUCUUACAGCGUACGAUCGUGGACCCGUUCCCGGACGUGAAGAAGGAGAGCUGUCGGUGCGCAGGAAAGGUGGCGAUGAAGAUUCCGCAGCACUUCCACAUGCAGUCGGAGUCGCUGGUAAAACCACUGCUCGUCACCAUCUCCCACCAGCACUCUAAAGUCAGGGUCGCUGCUAUAAAGGCCAUCCACACUUGUAUACAGUGUGGAAACAACAAGAAUGUUGAUGACGUGGUGUCCCACCUGGCACAGCGGCUGUUUGACGACUCAGCGAGCGUGCGGAUAGCAGUUACGGAGCUGUCCGGUGGUUGGCUGUUGGACCUUCCUGACAGAUACUCCUUCCACCACAAACUCAUUCCACUCUUACUCUCAUCUGUUAGUGAUGAUGUCCCAGAGAUUGCGGACCGUGCCAUGCAGCUGUGGAGGGAGGUGGGGAAUAAGUACCAACAGGAGAAUGAAGAUGAACUCAAGGACAAGAUAGACUUCACCUACUCUAAAGUAGCACACUUUCCUGAAGGGGAAGAGAGACCAAACCUGGGCUGCAGAACCCUGAUCUUCCGUGAACUGUCUAAGAUCCUGCCCGCAUGUCUCCGUGAGCUGGGAGACUGGGUGGUGAACACCAGGGUCAAGGCUGCCUCUCUCCUGUACACACUCCUGCUCAACUCUGAGGACUACACCACCAUGCACAUGGAGCCUCUACUGGCAGGGCUGUACAGGGCUUGUGCUGACGAGGAAAAACUAGUCAGAAAUAAGGUUAUCAAGUCAGCAGAACUGGUGGGCUGUUUUGUGGAACCAGAGAUCUACUGUCAGCUGAUUCUCCCUGCGCUGGAGAGACAACCGGGAGCGAACAUCCUGAUGGUACUGGCAGCGAUCAUCAGGGGCUGUCGUCAGGAGCACAUCAGAACACAUCUCCGGUCUAUCUGUGAUACUCUGGCACUACCUGAUGUCUGCAGGGCAGAGGAGCCCCAGUACCAGCACCAGCUGCUGUCCUGUGUACAGGCUAUCCUGACUGUCAGUCAGCAGGAGACAGCACCGUACAGCCUGCAGCUGUUCACUGUGCUGGUCAGCACCAUGGCUCUCUGUAGGGACAGUGGAGUAGUCAUGGAACAGGCUCAAAGCACCCUGCAGCAGCUGGCAGAUGUCCAGGCACUGUCAGGUGUGCAGCAGCUGUACACCAGUCACAUGCAGCAGGUGCUUCAGGUGCUGGAACCCUCCCACUCACACUGGACCACCCUGUCUCCAGAACGAGUCAUCUUUGACACUCUCUUAUUACAAGCAGGUCCAGUUGUAGGAGACCUUCUACCCCAGAUAAUCCCCAUCAUGGAGACUAAUGUACAUCCAGACAAGGACCAUGAGCUACGUCUCAAGUUCUUCACUCUGUUGUCUAAACUACUCAUCAAUGCAGAGAACACAGUAAAUGCAUCAGGAAAGUUCGGAGAGUUUGCGCUGGGCGUGGUAGAGCAUAUGAUCCUGGUGAACUGUGUGUGGCAGGCGGGGAGGACAGCUGGAGCCAUCCGUACCAUCGCUGUGUCCAGUCUGUGGGCACUGCUCAAGAGUGGGCUACUGUCUGUACAGCAGGCGAACACAAUCAUGGAUGACAUGCUGACCCAGCUGGUGUCCCUGCUUGACGAUGACGUACAGUCAACACGACUCAUCACCUGCCGCGUGCUCAACCACCUCCUCAACCUCUGCGGGACGACCUUCGACCCCGACCGCCUCAACAAGGUGUAUCCGGAGCUCCUCAAGCGAUUGGACGACAACAGCGACGAGAUUCGCGUGGCGGUGGCGAAGACUUUCUCCACGUUUUUCGCCUGCAUCGGUGAUGACUACGAUAGGACGUUGUAUAAGGCACAUCUAGAGUUCAUGUUCAAGGGGCUUCUGGUUCAUCUGGACGAUACAGAUGAAAGAAUACAGGACAACAUGUUAGGUGUACUGAAACAGGCAGCAACAGUACAUCCCUCCCUCAUGCAACAAGAGAUCACAGCAGUCAAACAUAAACACAGGACACCCAAGUACUGUGAUGAGCUACUGCAGCACAUACAGGCACUGCCCAGUGAUACCCAAGACAGCUAA